AUGAAGAUUGCAGAGCCUGGUUUCCAUGAAAAGCUAUCAAAUAUCCCAGCAAGAAGUUGGUCAAAAGCACACUUUUCAGGUAGGGCCAAAUGUGACAUAUUGUUGAAUAAUAUAUGUGAAGUGUUCAAUAGGCGGUUGAUAGGAGCCAGAGACAAACCUGUAAUCACAUGUUUAGAGUUCAUAAGAGUGUACAUGACCAAAAGAAUUGUGAAUGUAAAGAAGAUUCAAGCUAAAGCUCAUGGUCCAUUAACUCCUCAUGCUCAAGAAGUGUUUAAUAAGAUCAAAGAAGAAGCCUCACAACUCAAUGUUUUAAUGGUGGAUGCAGUACAGUACCAGGUGAAUAGCUCAAGAUCCCAGUGUGUUGUUAAUGUGAAGAACAAAACAUGCACCUGCAGAAAGUGGGAUUUAACUAGCAUGCCAUGUAAACAUGCAGUGGCUGCUAUCAAUGAUAUGGCCAGAAAUGAUAUUAGGAUAGGGGUGCCCGAAGAAUUGGUUGAUGAAGUGUAUUGGUUAUCCACAUGGAAGAAGGUUUAUGAGAAUGUGAUUAAUCCAAUUCCCGGGCCUGAGAAUUGGAUAACCUCACAAUGUCCCACCAAACUUCUGCCUCCCAAACACCAUAAGCAGGUUGGGAGGCCACAAAAGAAGAGAAAGAAAUCAGUUGGUGAGGCUGAAGUUGAAGCUCAUUUUGAUAGUGAGAGAAAAAUGACAUGGAAGGGCAACACAACCAAGUGCAGCAAUUCAACUGCAGUUUAUGUUCGUAAUGCAGUUUAUGUUAUGCUGCUCUUGGUAAUGCAGUUAAUGUAUCAAACACAUUGA